CAGCACAGUCCCGAUUUCCUCCUUUAAACAAACGCUGCUACACUCCAGGAGAGCAGGGACAAGCAAGGUUUUGGAGACCUUGUUAGUGCUGUCUUCCUGUUUGAGAAUGGCCUCAGCUGUUCCAUCACGGGAUCCCAGUUUGGAUGCUGAAUGGGAGAAAUGGAAGAUGAAAUUUGAAAAGAAAUACAGCCCGGAUGAAGAAGGACACAGAAGGGCACUGUGGGAGGAAAAUAAGAAAAAAAUUGAGAAGCACAAUAAGGAAUAUAAGAAGGGCAAGACCACCUACUGUAUGGGCCUGAAUUAUUUUAGCGACAUGACUGAGAAGGAAUUCAUGACAAAGUACAGUGGAAACCUGUACCCUACAAAUUUGCCUAAAUCUGAGAAUAUAGAAGAGAACAGCUAAGUGACACCGGUGAUGGAUUAGGAGCUUCUGCCCAAGAUGUGAGCUGCAUGAUACUAAGGAGAAUUGACUGUGGGAAAGAAGGAUCAGGAGGGGUCCUCUCCAUCACUUUGUGGAAUAAAACGUUGAAUUCAUUGAACAUCAACACUGAUGUGAACUAACAGGCAUAUUCUCACUAAUAAAACAUUAACAACUUUUUGCACAAUAUCCUAAAAUUAAAGCUUGACUUUAAAUGAA